AAGAUAAAGGCGGGACAGGACAACGGGCAGGCCGACCCUUUCUAGGGCGAUGAUUAUGGAGGGCUUUGUCUGUUCCCCCUUCAGCACGUACCAGGGCUUCAGGGGCAGCCCCGCGCCCGGCCGCGGCCAGGACCCGUCGGCUAAGCAGCCCAGCUGGAAGCAGAGCAAGAGCGGCGGCAUCAGCCCGUUCCUUGGGGGGCCCCUCACGCCGCUGCCCUCCGAGUACCUGGACAGCUACCGGCGGGCGCAGCUGCAGGCGCUGCUCUCGCAGGUGAGCCCCGGGCUGGCGCCGCUGCCGCGCCGGGCCAGCACGAAGGAGGCUGCGGUGCAGGUGAGCCUGCGGGCCGACAAGGCCGUGCAGUGCUCGCUGGGGCCGCGCACGCUGCCGCCCGCCCGCGCCUUCGGUUCCGCCGCCCUGCGCGCCCCGGGGCGCCUCGCCGUCUACUCGCCCGCGCCCGACCGCCGCCCCUUCGCGCUGCCCGAGGCCAAGGCGUCCCCGAAGAAGGCAGCGCCGGCCCAGGAGACACCCACGGCGGCGGACAGCACAGAGAAGCAGGAGAAGGGCCCGGCGGAGGCUGCGCUGCCGCCGCGCCGGGAGCCGACGGCGACGCGGCGGAAGGAGAACGCAGCUCCCAGGCAGCAAGCGACUUUCCAGUUCUUGGAGCAGAAGUAUGGCUAUUUCCACUGCAAAGACUGCAAGACCAGAUGGGAGAGUGCUUAUGUGUGGUGCAUUUCUGGAAGCAACAAGGUGUACUUCAAGCAGCUGUGUCGCAAAUGCCAAAAGGGUUUCAAUCCCUAUCGAGUGGAAGCAAUCCAGUGCCAGAUCUGUUCAAGGACUCGUUGCUCCUGCCCUCAGAAGAAAAGACACAUUGAUCUCAAGAGACCACAUCGCCAAGAACUUUGUGGCCGCUGCAAAGGGAAGAGGCUAUCCUGUGAUAACACUUACAGCUUCAAAUACAUUGUCUGAUCUGUGCACCCUCUUCUGUUUUGUGCUUUGCACUUUGUCAGUCUUUUGCAGUGUUUUGACUUAAAGGUUUUUGACCUGGCAUUGGAUAAUGGACAAAGACAUUUGUAUUAUUUAUAAAAUAUGUAACUUCACUGUAUAUAUGCUGUAAAUAAAGUCGAAGAAAAGUUUGCACUAGUUUG